CACUUGCAGUCUCUUAGCCAUUAGAUUAAAAAACUCUCCUCUUUUACCAAGAAGGAAACACUAAAAGGUCUCCAACUCAAAUAAGAAUUCGAAAUUUGAAAGGACUCUUAAUCUUGCUCUGCAAAGUGCAAGCACAUUGUCUUCUAUAAAUAGGACUGCUUGUUUAGGGUUUCUUUAUCACCACCGCUAAACAGAACGGCGGAGAGGGCUUUUCCGGUGGCUUUACUUCUGAUCCUAUCUUAUGGAAUUUGGCAUGAGCACGAGUUUGUCGUUGGGAACUACAACAAUGAAAAGGAAAGCUACUCGUCAAUAUCCAACUCGUUGCAAAUUGUUUUUACACUCUCUAGACUCAAAGGAAUUCAAAGGAAAUUCUUCUUAUGAACCCUUAGAAGAAUUUUCCUACAUGGGAAAUCCACCAAAUUCGAAGAAAAUUGUAAGUGAACGUUUUCUCGAUAACUUUUUAGAUGAUUCUAUUCUAAAUCGUAUAAAGACUAAAGAAAAUUCAUGUAAAGGAGGGUUUUCCUAUCAUAGUAAGAACCAAGGUUCUAAUGCCAUCUCUAGGGACAUUAUAUCUCGUAAGCAAGAUUCUAAUACUUUUGAUAAUGAUUAUCUUCCUCGUAAGCAAUUGAAAAUUAGUGUGCAAUUGUACCGUGAAAUACUUGAUAAGCUUUUACAAAAAGUUGAAAAGUCAAGUUGGCAAAAGCCUAACAUUCACUUAAAAGCUGCAAUGGUUCUUCGAAAUAUUACCAAUUGGCUUCCGAUUAAGAAACAAAUAGGAUCUAUUUCUGGAGUGGAGAUUGGAGAUGAGUUUAAGUUUAGAGCGGAACUCUGCAUAGUUGGCAUUCACCAUCAUUUUAUGAAGGGUAUAGAUUAUGUUGAGAGAGAUGGGACUACAUUGGCCACAAGUGUAAUUGUAACUAGCCGAUACGCGAACACUUUGGACUCCGAUGUCUUGAUUUACUUAGGUGAAGGUGGAAAUCCUAGAGUUUUGAAUUCUCAUCCGCUCAAAGACCAAGUAUUAAAAAGAGGAAACCUUGCAUUGAAGAAUAGCAUGGAGCAUCAUUCACCGGUAAGGGUUGUCUAUCAGACAAAGUAUAACGUCUUCAAGUCAUCAAGUCUUAGUCAGAGCUCGGAUAGAAAGACUUCAAAAGUAGUUUAUGUUUAUGAUGGUUUAUACUUGGUGGAAAAAUAUUGGCAAACGAGAGGCGAGUUUGGAAAAAAUGUUCUAAAGUUUCAAAUGAGAAGGAUUGCAAGACAAUCAAAGUCAACUCGAGGAUUUGCAAGCAAAGCAAAUAACGAAUUUCUUCACAAUGAGAGUUUCUUUAUGAAAGAUAUCUCAAAAGGCAAAGAGAAAAUGCCUAUUAAUGUGGUGAACACGCUUGACGACAAAAAGCCUUUACCAUUUGUGUACUAUUCUAAUAGAACAUAUCCUAUAAGCUCUCAAAAGAGUAUUUUAAGUAGUUGUGACGGUUGUGAUUGUACCGACGGAUGCUCCGACUCUGAAGAUUGCUCUUGCAAAAUUAAAAAUGGAAAAAUGUUUAUGUAUGACUAUAGUGAAGAACUCAUUGGAAAGAACCGUCACAUUUAUGAAUGUGGUGCUAAUUGUAAGUGUUUCGAGUCUUGCAUUAAUAGAGUGAGCCAACGAAAAUUCAAGUUUCAACUCGAGGUCUUCAAAACCGAAUUGAAAGGUUGGGGCGUUAGAUCGAAAUUGCAUAUUCCCGUUGGUAGUUUCAUAUGCGAGUAUGUCGGAGAAGUCCUUAAGGUUAAUGAAGCUAAUCAAAGGAAUAACAUGUGUGACUAUUUAUUUGACAUAGAAAAUAAUGAAGAGGGUGAGGGUUAUACUAUAGAUGCUUCUCGACAUGGUAAUGUGGGAAGAUUUAUUAAUCAUAGUUGUUUCCCUAAUCUUUAUGUCCAAAGUGUCGUACAUGGUGAUCAUGUUGACAAAUUUUCUCAUAUUAUGCUAUUUGCUAUGAGAGACAUCCCUCCAUUGCAAGAGUUGACCUAUGAUUAUAAGCAUCGGUUAGGAGAAAUUCGUUGCAAGAAUGGCGAUUUCAAGAGGAAGGAGUGUAAUUGUGAAUCUGCUAAUUGCAUCAAAAUGUUCUAUGAAUAGUUUUGGGUGUUAAUGAAUUAACUAGUGUUUUUCGUUUGAAUCAAUUUUUGUUAUAUGAA